ACAAAUGGAAGCAGAAGGCCGUUGUCCUUUUCGUUUGUCACCCAAACAACAUUCUUAAAUUCCAAAUCUACCUCUUUCUUUAAACAAGCAAAAGAUGUUUGGUGGUGGUGGUGGGGGUAGAGACAUCGAAACCUUAGGCCGUCUUACCCACAUGCUGAUCCCUCCUAUACCACAUCAACUCGAUCAGGUGGCGAUGGGGGGUGGUGGAGGUCGUGGGGGAGGAGGAGGAGGAGGAGGAGAUGAUGACGAGUUUCCGAGGAGGGAUGAGAGGGUCCCACAGUGGAGUUACCAGGAGACCAAGGAUUUUAUUGGGAUUCGUGCUGAGUUGGAGAGGGAUUUUACGGUGGCGAGAAGGAAUAAGACUCUGUGGGAAGUGGUGGCGGCGAAAAUGAAGGAGAGAGGGUAUAGGAGGAAUCCCGAACAGUGUAAAUGCAAGUGGAAGAACCUCGUCAACCGCUACAAGUUGAAUUCUGAUUGA